AUGGGCGUCGAAAUUGAAGUUCCAUCACAUUUUCUAUGCCCAAUCUCCAUGCAACUCAUGAGAGAUCCAGUCACAAUAUCAACUGGAAUCACCUAUGAUCGGGUGAGCAUAGAAAGAUGGUUGUUUACUUGCCUUAGUCGGAUUUGUCCGAUGACAAAACAACCCUUGUACGACACCGAUCUAACCCCUAACCACACCCUUCGCCGGUUGAUCCAGUCGUGGUGCAUCAUGAACUCACACCAUGGGUUCGAUCGGAUCCCCACACCAAAGAAACCAGUGGAUAAGUCUCAGAUCCUCAAGCUUCUCCAAGAUGCGAAAAAGCACCCACAAAACCAGAUCAAAUGCUUGAGAAGAAUGAGAUCCAUUGCCCAAUCGAGCGAUCGGAAUAAAACUUGCAUGGAGGAUUCUGGUGCGGUGGAGUUUUUGACGACGGUGGUACUGAAUGAAGAUGGUAGUGACGCGUGUAAUGAAGCAUUGAUCGUGCUUCAUCAUCUUAAAUUCACAGAUCUCCAGAUGAGAAAGCUCGUGAAAGAUAAUGAAUUGGGAUUCGUUGACGCAUUAUUGCGUGUCAUGAGAUGUGGGAGCAUCCAGUCUCGAUCGCAUGCAAUAAUGCUGAUAAGAUCGCUCCUCGAGGUGGCAGAUCCAGUGCAUAUGGCCGCCAUUAAACCUGAUCUUUUCCAAGAAACAGUAAGAGUCUUGAAAGAUGGUAUUUCCCCACAAACCACCAAAGCUUCACUGGAGCUCGUAGUAGAUAUCCUCAGGUGGGGAAGAAACCGAAUAAAGGCGGCAGAAUCCGGCAUGGUUUCAGUUCUGGUAGAGCUUCUGAUCGACACCUGUGACAGACGGGGAUGCGAGCUGAUGCUGGUGGCGUUGGAGCAGAUAUGCCGGUGUGCGGAAGGGCGAGCGAAGUUGGUGGAGCAUGCGGCGGGGCUGGCGACAGUUUCGAAAAAGAUCUUGAGGGUUUCCCAUAUGGCAAGUGAUAAGGCAGUGAGAAUAGUGUGUUUGGUGUGUAGGUUUUCUGCUAGUUGUAGGGUUGUUCAGGAGAUGGUGGAAGUGGGUGUUGUUUCAAAGCUGUGUUUGAUGAUUCAAGUGGAUUGUAGUGAGAGGACGAAGGAGAGAGUGAAGCAAAUUCUGGGAUUACAUUCAAGGGUUUGGAAGGGUGCUUCUUGUAUUCCUGCUCAUUUGCUUUCAUCUUAUCCUUCAUUACAAGAUAUUAAGGAUCAUUAA